AAUUCCACUAAUCCACUCACAGUUACUUGUUACAGCCACACACACAGCACAGUGAUGAUUCAUAACGAUGCACACUGCGCACCCUUACUCCCCUCUUUUCUUCGAUCCUCCUCCCACUCCCUUCUUUCCAUCGUGAAAACCUCUUAAUCGCUCCCUUUAUUUAAGUAAUUAACACUAAUCGUCACUCAAUUAGUUACUUGUAGAACGAAGCAUCGGAAGAAGUGCCAGAUCUCGAUCUCGAUGCUGUUGCUGUUCCUUUUGUUGUUCUUGUUUGAGCCAACGGCUCACUCAAUGCCUUUUCCGAUCACAUUUUCUGCGAGGCUCAUUCAUCGCUUCUCCGAACAAAUGAAACCGGUCGGGCUUCCCACCGGUUCGUGGCCGGACCGGCGGAGCAUGCCCUACUACCAGAUGCUUCUCAGUAGUGACAUUCUCAGGCGCAAGGUCAACAAUGGAGGCGCUCGCUACCAGCUCCUGUUCCCUUCUCAUGGCAGCAAAACGAUGUCGCUCGGCAACGACUUUGGCUGGUUGCAUUACACGUGGAUUGAUAUAGGGACACCGAGUACUUCGUUUUUGGUAGCGUUGGAUGCAGGGAGCGAUCUCCUUUGGCUUCCCUGUGAUUGCAUACAGUGUGCUCCGUUGUCGUCGAGUUACUAUUCCAAUCUGGAUAGAGAUCUGAAUGAGUAUAGUCCAUCUCGUUCGUUAUCCAGUAAGCAUCUAUCUUGCGGUCAUCGGUUGUGUGAUAUGGGUUCAAAUUGUAAAAGUUCUGAGCAGCAGUGUCCAUACAUGGUCAGUUACUUAUCAGAGAAUACAUCGAGUUCUGGAUUGUUAGUUGAGGACAUACUGCAUCUUCAGUCUGGUGGCGGUGUAGCAAACUCCUCUGUUCAGGCUUCAGUAGUUCUUGGGUGUGGCAUGAAGCAAAGUGGUGGUUAUUUGGAUGGGGUUGCUCCAGAUGGUCUAAUAGGUUUGGGGCCCGGGGAGAGUUCAGUUCCAAGCCUUCUUGCUAAAUCAGGAUUAAUUCAUGAUUCUUUUUCCUUGUGCUUUGACGAAGAUGAUUCUGGUAGAAUUUUUUUUGGGGACCAGGGACCAACCACUCAACAGUCUACUUCAUUCUUGCCUUUGGAUGGAAUAUAUUCAACCUAUGUUAUUGGAGUGGAGACAUGUUGUAUUGGGAAUUCUUGCCUUAAAAUGACAAGUUUUAAAGCACAGGUUGAUAGCGGGACAUCAUUUACAUUUCUUCCUGGCCAUGCGUAUGGAACACUAGCCGAGGAGUUUGAUCAACAAGUAAAUGCUUCAAGAUCUAGCUUUGAAGGAUCUCCUUGGGAGUAUUGUUAUGUGUCCAGUUCGCAAGAGUUGCCAAAGGUUCCCAUCUUAACUAUCAUGUUCCAACAGAAUAACAGUUUUGUGGUCGUUGAUCCUGUGUUUGUAUUCUAUGGCAAUCAGGGAGUUAUUGGAUUUUGUUUAGCCAUACAGCCAGCCGAAGGGGAUAUGGGAACAAUUGGACAGAACUUCAUGACAGGAUAUCGUUUGGUAUUUGAUAGGGAAAACAAGAAGCUGGCAUGGUCACCCUCAAAUUGUCAGGAUCUGAGUCUAGGUAAGAGGAUGCCCCUUUCUCCAAAUGAGACAUCAUCAAACCCAUUGCCUACAGAUGAGCAGCAAAGAACCAAUGGGCAUGCAGUUGCUCCAGCUGUUGCUGGAAGAGCUCCCCACAAACCUUCGGCUGCUUCAUCUCGGAUGAUUACAUGCCGGAAACAUUGGCACUGCUUUUUGUUUCUUCUAUUACAACUCGUGUCACCCUUUUAUUGAUACCCUCGCAUUCUUAUGUAUGUCGAGUACCCAGCUUGUCUAGAUAGUGUUACAUGUAUAUCCAAAUAUGUAUCCUUUUUGGCCUCCUAGCUCUGUAAGUAUUUUAGAUCAUACACCUUCCAAUGCUGUUAUUUUUUCACCUUGCCAGCAUGUUAGCUUAUUCCUAGCACUCGUAAUGUAAAUUAAUUUGCUGUGUCAUCCUAUUUUAUUUUCUUUUAAUUUUAAUUAGAAUUUUCAGUGAAUUUUUUUAAUGUUUUUUUUAAUUAUUAUUUUAUUUGGAAUUCCGGUGGUGUAUGUGAAAUAUCUUGUUAAGGCAACAUUUUAAUUUUUCAAUAUUUAUUUG